AUGGCCGACGAUCUUCGACGUAUGUCCAAACAGGAACGGAUUUUGUGGAGUCUGCUAGAGAGCUUUGAAGAUUUCCUUCACGACUACGACGAUGUUCGGGAUCAUGGCUCACUUCAACCACGGCUGACUAAGUUGGACGAAGCCUACGAGAAGUUUUGUGAUCUGCGAGUUCGUAUAGAGAUGAUCCUUGAAGACCUUGAAGAGGAAUCUGAAGACGGCGACGAUAAGAAGGAAGUUCGAAAACGAGAAAGCAAAAAGGUGUAUAAGGGAUUUGUGACACGGUACUUUUCUUUGAAACAACAGCUGCUGUCGAAGAUGGAGUCGAUUCCCGCACAACCAACUCAAUCCUCUGUUUCCGACGUGGUUUUGCCGUGUCACACAAAGUAUCCAGAACUUCAGCUGCCAACCUUUUCCGGGAAGCUGUUGGAUUGGAUUAAUUUUCGAGACAACUUCAAGUCGCUGAUUCACGAUAAUGUCCAGUUGAACGAUAUGGAUAAGUUUAACUACCUCCGGACGUCACUGAGAGAUGACGCACUUCUCCAUAUCAAUCAAAUCCAAGUUUCAGCGAUGAACUACGGCCUAGCAUGGAGCACACUUGAAUCGAAAUAUGAGAAUCAUAAACUGAUAGCUCAGGAGCAUUUGAAAGCACUCUUAGCCACAUCUGCCAUGCGGACAGAAAGUUACGAAGCAUUAAAUGUAUUGUUGUCGACGUUUAAAAUCAACCUUCAACAAUUAGAAAAACUCGGCCAGAAGACUAGCAACUGGAGCACAUUGCUAGCGUUUAUGCUCUCACAAAAAUUGGAUGCCGAAACAUACCGUCUGUGGGAAACUCACCAUGCUUCUAAAACCGUCCCUACCUAUGAAGCUAUGGUUGAGUUUCUAGAAAACCAUUGUUCAAUCCUGCAGUCAACGGCCAGUCGCAGUGGCGACGAUCAUCAUCGAAACACUAGAGCUCCUAUCAGUCAUAGCACAGCAACGUUCGAGAGUUUCUGCCCUAUUUGCAACAAUGGUCGACACAAAGCAGAACAAUGUAACAGACUCAUUAGGAUGCGAGUCAUCGACAGGAAAGUUUUGGUGCGCAGAAUGGGGCUAUGUCUGAAUUGUUUGGAUUCCGGACAUUUUGUUGCUGAUUGCAUGCAGGAAUCCUGUUUGAAGUGUGGACAAUAUCACCACGUUCUUUUGCACCCGUAUUCUCCCAACCAAAGCAGCCAACAAAACAUGCAGAACGUCUCUCAAGACCCACGAAGACCUCAACGCGCGGACAGUCAAACAAGAAGGCAACCUUAUACACAACAGGCUCAGUCCCGGAUGAAUAGCAACCAAUCUUCACAAAACAUCUCACAACCUACACAACAGCCACCUCCCACAAACACUCCCACUCUUAGCCACCACACUUCUACUCUACUAGGUACACGACGCAACACCCACACCGCCAUCCUGUCGACAGCCGUUGUCAUGCUGUCUGAUAGCAGUGGCAACAAAGUUUUAGCUCGUGCGCUGUUAGAUAAUGGCUCACAGAUUUCUUUAAUGACGGAGCAUUUGUCGCAGAAGUUGAAAUUUGUUCGUUUUCGAGAAAAUCUUCCCGUGAAAGGCGUUGGAGGAUCCAUUCACAUUUCUAAGGAGUCCGUUCUUGGUCGAAUUGUGUCGCGAACUUCGUCGUUUAAAACUGAUGAGAUAAAAUUCUUCGUGCUUCCUCGAAUCACAAUAGAUUUGCCACAGAGAAGCUUUGAUGUCAGCGCCUGGAAUCUUCCGUCGUCCAUCCGCUUAGCCGAUCCCAGAUUCAACGAAUCUAGCUCAGUUGAUCUUGUUAUAGGAGUCUCCACCUUUUAUGAGUUGUUACUAGCGGAGCAAAUGAAGAUUACUGAUGCUGGUCCAAUUCUUCAAAACACCCAGCUGGGAUGGAUCGUAGCAGGAGAGUUUCCAGAAACGCCAGUCACUUCUUACAGCGCCAUGACACCAGAAGUUUCCACUGAUGAGGUACUGCAGCAGCUAACCAAAUUCUGGGAAUUGGAGUCCUGCCGAACGAAAAGUUGUUUGUCAAUUGAAGAGUCCACUUGUGAAGACAUCUUUAAUCAAACUACUACUCGAGAUCCCGACGGAAAACUAAGAGUUUUUCUCCCAAAGAGAGAGUUUAUGAUUGAAAGAUUAGGUAAUUCGAAGCGGGCAGCCACGAAACGUUUUCUAGCUUUGGAAAACAGAUUGAAAACUAAUCUUGAGGUGAAAGCUCUUUACACAGCUUUUAUUCAUGAAUACCAGUUGAUGGGACACAUGCGUGAGGUACACGAGGUCGAAGAUGAACCUGCAGUCUGUUACUACCUACCACAUCAACCGGUGAUGAAACCCAGCAGUACAACUACAAAACUCAGAGUGGUGUUCGAUGCUUCUUGCUCCACCAGCUCUGGAGUUUCUCUAAAUGAUAUCCUGAUGGUAGGACCAGUCGUCCAGGACGAUUUAAUAGCAAUCCUAUUGAGAUUUCGUAUCCACAAGUACGCGAUAGUUGGAGACAUUGAAAAGAUGUAUCGCAUGGUAAACGUUCAUGAGAAAGAUCAGCCGCUACAACGGAUUCUGUGGAGAGAAUCCAGCGAAGAACCGCUCCGCACGUACCAGUUAACUACAGUAACCUACGGAACAUCUUCUGCACCGUAUUUAGCAACGCGAUGCUUGCUGAAAUGUGCUGAGGAUGGAAAAUCUUCGCAUCCAGACGCAGCAGUCAUUAUAAAAAAGAAUUUUUACGUCGACGACAUGCUAGCGGGAGCGCAUACUAUUGAUGAAGGGAAAAGCAUGUGCAAAUCAACUGUAGAGCUGUUGAACUCUUAUGGAUUUUGCCUGAGGAAGUUGAACAGCAACCAUCCCGACUUGCUACGUGAACUUCCAGCACAUUUAUGUGACAAGAAAGAUUUCUUGGAUGUACAGACCGGAAAUAGUACCAUACAAACCCUCGGACUUACUUGGGAACCAGCACAGGAUUUGUUUUGGUUUAAGCUACCAGUUUGGAAACCUGUUUUUCCGGUUACAUUUCGCCUUGUCUUGUCUGAUACUGCGCGUUUGUUUGAUCCCUACGGUUUCGCAGGUCCAGUUAUAGUCCAAGCAAAGAUGUUUCUCCAAGAACUUUGGAAGGAAAAGUAUUCUUGGGACGAACCAUUAAAAGAUGAGCAUCAGCAAUUUUGGCUGGAGUUUAGGGACAAAUUAAAUGGUCUAGAUGGAGUAUCUAUUCCUCGAUGGAUCGCAUUCCGCAAGGACGUGAUUGCAUGCGAGAUUCACGGAUUCUGCGAUGCCUCUGAAAAGGCUUACGGAGCUGCGAUUUAUUUACGAAACACAACCAAGGACGGAGAGGUUACUAUUCGGCUGGUGACUGCCAAAUCCAAAGUAGCUCCUCUGGAUGAUGUUAAAGGGAAAAAACGGAAGCAAACAAUAGCGAAUCGUGUCUCAGAGAUUCAGCACAUCACUCGUGACGGUAUUUGGAAUCAUGUUCCAGGUAUCGAGAACCCCGCAGACAUUAUAUCCCGAGGGCUCACACCUGCGCAAUUGGCCCAAAGUUCACUUUGGUGGAAUGGUCCAGAAUGGUUGGCGAAGGAUUCUAAAAGCUGGCCACAGAGCUCGCCAAAUGAGCAGCAAUUCGAUUCAGUUUUGUUGGAAGAAAAACCUUUAGUCUGUGCGGCUCUGCAGAUCUUGUCACACAGUGAAAUUUUUGGACUUAAGGAAUCACUCCUGGGUCUCGUGCGAUUGACCGCCUGGAUGCGUCGUUUUGCCUUCAAUUGUCGACAUAAGGAUCCCAACGAACAUCGAAUUGGAGUAUUGAAAAGUGAGGAGCAUAAAGAAGCAUUGCUGUGUUUAGUAAAAAUAGCCCAAUCGGAAAGUUUCCCUGUUGAUAUAGCGGACCUCGUAGCGAAAAAUGAAGUGAAGUCUUCAUCGAGAAUACUUCCAUUUCAUCCAAUUAUGAAAGAUGGGGUUUUAUGCGUAGGCGGGCGGCUUAGAAAUGCUGCGAUUCCCGAGGAGCGAAAGCACCCGAUGCUGUUAGAUAACAGACAUCCUUUGACAAAGCUAGUAUUUGUGGACUAUCAUCAUAGACUUCUUCAUGGUGGACCACAACUGAUGAUGGCGAGUGUUCGAGAACGCUUUUGGCCGAUUGCAGCUCGGAAUUUAGCCAGAGAAGUUGUGCACAGUUGUGUAAGAUGCUUUAGAGCGAGACCACGUGUUCAUGAACAAUUGAUGGGAGAUUUACCUAUGGAACGCGUAUCGCCGGCCCCAGUAUUCCAGCGAGUUGGUGUGGACUAUUGUGGUCCUUUUGAAAUCAAAGCUAUCCAUCGGAAAGGAGCUAUGAAUAGAUGCUACGUAUGCGUAUUCGUGUGUCUCGUCGUGAAAGCUGUUCACGUGGAAGUCGUAGCAGAUCUUUCCACCGGUGCAUUUGUAGCAGCAUUUAGGAGGUUUACAAGCAGACGUGGGAGGCCCGUACUUGUCAUGUGCGACAAUGGCACCAACUUUGUAGGAGCUCGUCGAGAGCUGAAUGAAUUACAUCGUUUGUUUACUGCCGAGCAAUUUCGAAACUCUGUAGUUACAGAAGCCGCCAGUGAGGGCAUCGAGUUUAAGUUCAUCCCUCCCAGAUCACCGAAUUUUGGUGGAUUGUGGCAACAAGUUCAAGCGAUCAACCAGUUGAUUUGGAAGCGUUGGUCGACCGAUUACCUGUCACAGCUUCAAAGCCGGAACAAAUGGACGAGGCAAAGAUCCAACCUGCACAUUGGAACAAUGGUUCUGCUCAAAGAGGACAACUUGCCUCCUCUAGAAUGGAAACUAGGACGCGUUACUAACAUCCAGCCUGGUUCAGAUGGAAACAUCCGUGUAGUUACAGUCCGCACGCAAUAUGGAGAGUUCACGAGAGGUAUCUCCAAGAUUUGCAUUCUUCCCAUCCGAGACAAUCAGCCAUCUGAAAAUCCACGCGAGCAUCAUUAA